GCGUGCGCUCUAUUCAUUGCAAGUUAGACGCGUGACCCCGAAGCACGUCCGAUUUUGUCUCUGUAUGUGUGACAGCGCUUCUCCUCCCUGAGUGUGUUUUGUGUGUGUGCGUGUUCGCCUGCGACCGAGGGACCGCGGGCCCCCCCCCAUACUUGCUCCUUUUUAUUUGGUUCUUUGUUUUAUUGCCCCCUUCGGUUUCGGUGGAUCCCUGUGAGCUUGGUGGUGCAACGACGUUUGUUCCGCGGUGACGUCGCAGUGGACGCUUGGUGGCUUCCUUAUUUUUGGACGUGGUUAUCUUCAAGCUGCCAAAAUUCGUGUCAAAAAUCGCAUCCCCCUUCCUACGUUUAGGAUGGAAAACGCUGAAUCGGACGUCGACGGAAGCAUGGUGAGUUUCCCGAGGUCUUCGCUACAUUUACGCCACUUUGAUGACGUCAACCUGGCUUCUAAACUGAGACAAUCGAAUCCCGAAGAAGAAGAGAUGAACGAGUCCGAUUACGGGGGCUCUGGCGAAGACGAAGAUGAGCGUCGCACACCCCUUGAGGGGGAGCUCAGCAACGACGGCGUCGACCACCACGACAUGAUGAUCUCCGUAGGAGGCCACAGACACCAAAGCUACAGACGCCCAGAAGACGGGUCCCCGUUGGCAUUGUCUCUGGGGAGCAAUGGCACCUCUCCGGCCACGAGUAACGGGGCAACAGAUCGCAUCCCACCGACAACGGCGACGGUGCCCCGACAUCCUCCUCCACCCCCGCCACCACCCGCCAUUGCCCUGGCAGGUCCCCCUUCGACGGGUAUCGGUACUCUUCCGCCUCCCCCGUACACAAUGUCGAACUCUACGCCUCCCCCACACAUGCUGCACCUUCCCCCGACGCUAACGCCCGUCAGCACGCCACAAUCGACGGCCGUAACGCCGGACCAUCACACCAAAUACCUGGGCUACGAUGACCAACACUACAGCAGCGCUGGACGACUAGGCAAGCCCACAGAAUUCAGCAGGGACUUCAAAGUGAGUCCGAGCUCGAAAUCUGCCCGGCCAGGGAGAGGGGAUACUAACGGCAGGGUUAGUAUGGACGACAUCAGCAAACUUUACGAACUAAGCGAAGAUCCAAAGAGAAAAGAAUUCCUGGACGACUUAUUUGCGUUCAUGCAGAAAAGGGGGACCCCCGUGAACAGGAUUCCCAUAAUGGCGAAGCAGGUGCUGGACCUGUACGAGUUAUACAGGCUCGUGGUGUCCCGCGGGGGACUCGUGGAAGUCAUCAACAAGAAGAUCUGGCGAGAGAUCACCAAAGGCCUAAACCUGCCGUCUUCCAUCACCUCGGCUGCCUUCACACUACGUACACAGUACAUGAAGUACCUGUAUCCCUACGAAUGUGAAAAGGAGAAGUUGAGUCAACCGGAUGAACUCCAAGCAGCCAUCGACGGCAACCGACGCGAGGGUCGCCGAUCCAGCUACUCGCACUACGCCGACAUGAUGGCGCGCACCAAUCACCACACGUCACCCAUCAGCCUGGUGUGCGGAAGGCCGCAGGCCAACGGGCACGCACCGCCCAGCCAGGGAGCGCCUUCUUCAGGUGAAGAGGACAACAGCAUAGCAUCUAUGGCACUUGGGGUCCCACAGCAGCAAGAGGCCCUCAACCUGGAGGUCCCACGUGGAGACCACAAACCCCUGGACAGCAGGAGACUUCUUGAAGACCCUCUCACUAAUGGACCCCCUCCCAAGCGAUUCCUUUCGGUCGAUGAAGAAAGGCUACUGGCACACACCGCUCAGAUGCCCACCACACACAUCAAGGUCAUAAGCAGAGGUGAUGGCCGGACACAGGUGGACAGCUCGAUGGUGGUGACGAUGGACAUCAACGGAAUUACGUACCAAGGCGUUCUCUUUGCUCAGACACAUCGGAGCCGACUUUCGUAGAUCUUUACCAAGAUCGAAAUAGGGAAAAGUGCGAGGACAGAACUGUCACAAGGACGUUCAAAAACAGAGACUGAUCUCGUGAAACAUAGGGCGACGAGCACCUGACAGGUUGAUGCAAGUUGUUUCUGUUUUCUACCAUCUGUUCUAUGCCUCCUUGUGUUAAUCUUUUCAUGCUCAGAAGUUGACGAUGCUUGUGUCUGUCAUGCUGUGUCUGUGUUCACAUCAUACCACAAAAAACCUUGCUGCUAAGGUUCUGUUGUCCGGCAGGCAGGUCUUGGCGUUUGGCGGAAAAAUAGCUGUGACGAGAUUCCACAAAAACUGUACUUUUGCCGGCUAGAAAUGUUGCUACCAGCAUAACAGCCUAGCGAAGAUAUACUAUUCAUUUUGUUAACAUGCAGGUGUUUUCAUUUUUCUAUCCAUUUUGGAGCUAAACUACAUUUUAAACCGAGCAUACUAAGUUCAUUCCGUGCAUGAAAAAAAACCGAUAAAACAUGGCACUGCGGUAACAUUGGUAUCGAGGCAUUGUACAGUUUUUUGUCUUCUGGGGCAAGUGAAGCAUGCCACACUCAGCGUUGCACAUACCACCUUUAUCAAAAUGGUCUACGUAAAUCGGUAUUGGCAUAUCGUGGUAACAUUUCGAGAACAGUUUCCUCUUUUUUCUAUUUUUUUCAUUUUUGCGUUGUUUCCAAGUUCUGUUUUGCACUGUAACAUGCCCUUAUUUUAGAGGUUUAAAUAUUGGCAGUUGAUAUCCCUGCUUGCUUGAUCUCAUUUUGUGUAAUGUCACAUUGUAUGGACCAGAGUAGCUUUUGAGCAUUUCUGUCCACCUGUUUUCCAAGCAGUGCCUUCAUCAAAUCCUGUUGCUCAUUCUCAGUGUACUGGUUAAGGCAGGUAAAAGCUUUUCAGGUCAUUUAAGACAGGAGAAAGUUAAAACUUGAAAAAAUUUAAGAAGUACAAAACACCAAUAAAACAUUUAGUUACUGUCGAUUCUGCAUAACACAUACAUGUUAGCUGGUUGCAAUUUGUAUGUUGCCUCAGGUUGCAAAACAAGAUUCUUCAGUGAGAAAUUCAGUGAAUGGAAACUAUUAUCUCAUGCAUGACUAAUGAGUUUUGCAGCUACAUACAUUUUUAUUUAUAAGCAAUUGAAUAGGAUAUGCAUAGUCCUUCUCCAGGAAUUCUGAGGGUUAACUGCUCCACAAAAUCCUAUUCAGCAUUCACGUUUUGGUUCAGGAAAUUUGUUUGCUUCAGUGAUGCAGGACAAUUCCUUUUUUUUUUUCCCAUUAGAAUGUGAAACAUCAUAAAACAGAACAUGAUACGUUACGUUGCAAUAUCAAACGUGGUGCAGUAAGGUUCAUGUAUUUGUUGCACAUAACAGUGAACUGAAUUAUAUUGGUGCUAUUGCGAGUUAAGAUAUAAAUAGUUGUUUUUAUAAUGCUUUUAUUAUCACAUAAAAGGUUCAGGAGUGCAUAUUUUAUCAUUACUUGCGUUUAUUCACAGAUAUGUCUGAAAAAUGUACAUGACUUUCCUGCAUUAGUAAUACGCUUUCACUCACUUCAUUUUUUUGACAUGGUUUGCCCUGUUCUAAAGUGCAAAAGAGAGAAAAAAAAGGAAUCUCAGGGAUCUAACCAGGUGCACAAGCCUCACACUAUACCUGUCAAACUAGGCUUGCUACCAGUCAGGUGCCAGUCUUUGUUGAAACAAAAAUACCUCCAAUGAUUGUGACAUCAUCUCUUUGUAUGUACAUUAAGAAACCUUUAUUAUUAGGCAACCUAGGUUAUAGUGUGCACAACACAGGUGAGUUUGCCUUGUGACUAGAGUUUCGCCUUUUUGGAUUUGAUCGUCUGAACAUGAAGUAAGCACAAUUAGAGCUUAAACAGUGUUUUCUCCAUGCAUUGCAUAGUACAUGACAGGAAAAGAUAUCAUCAGCUGCAUGAGUUUGGUCUCUGUUGGCUAUGACAGGAGCAGAUGUGUUGUUACUACAUCACAGACAUUGCUUUAUUGUGAUGAUUUUACGUGUUGGCAACUAUGGCUAGUGGCAGCAAGUACUCAGUGGGGAUGAGCCUUGGAAGCAACUGUAGAAAUAAAUUCAAACGAUAAACAUAUUGCUGGCAAAUAUUUCUGGGAUUUGCUUUGUACAAAUCCAACAAAGCGGAAGUCUCCUUGCAAUGUUCUAGAGAGUGAGGGACGCAGACAAGCAAAGCACCAGUGCUGUACUUGUUGAUGAGAGUGAGAGACCCUGCAGUUUUUACGAGCACUUGUUAUGAGCUGCAUUGAGUGAUAGAAUUAUCUUAUUGCAUUUGGCAAAUGUCCUCUGUUUUUAUGUUGUGUUUGAAUAUUUAAUCAGAGAUUGCCAUCUUUGUUUUCUUUUUGUUCACCUGAGCGGCCCGCACAAUCAUUCGGUGCUUGGUAUCUGCCAGAGCACCAAAGACGUCCGUCCAUUUGCAUAUCCCAGCUCCUGGAGCAUUUAAGCUGAUUAUUUUGUACAUAACUUCGAAACACAUGUUAGUACUUUUCAUUUGGUGGCCUCUCAUUUUGUGUUUUGCAUCCAUGUGAUUGACAGCCCUCCCAUGAUGUCUACCUUUGUAUUUAUUUUAGCCUCUGUCAUACACUGUGUUUUCUUUCUUUAUGGUGCAAUUUUAUGUAUGUGUUUCUGAAUAGCCACUGUGGUUUUAUAGGCAGUAUCAAAGCGUAUGUAUGCAUGCGAUGGGCAAUCUUCCUAGAACAGAUGACUCGCCUAGUCAAACCUGUGGAAUAUCUUGUAGCAAUUCUACAGAGAAUACAAAAAAAAAAUUGAUACAUUUAUCAUGUUUUAUGAUGCACACUACAUAUUUCCUCUGCAACAUUUUUCUUUUGUUCUGGGGAUGUAUAACAGUUUAAAAUUAUACUGUAAUAAGGGAGCACUCGCAAUACUUUGUGCAUUUGAUAUUUGGCUAUGUAAGCUUAUAAGGUCAACGAUAGUGUGUUGCUGCUAAGAUGACCAUAUGGGCAUUAGAGUGUAGGAUUUUAACGAUAACAUUGGUACUAUGCCUUCCGAGACUUUUGAUGCAAAUGUUUCAUCUUUUAUUUCAUGACAUUGUUCCUCCAUUGUUUUAGGAAAAGUCCAUUGUGUCUACGGUUACUGUCACUGCUAUGGUAACUUUAUUUAGCCUGUACAAAUAAAGGGCAAAUACAGCUUUAA